AUGGGUUCUUAUGGAAAUACCGCGUACUCGCCGGAUCAGUUCAUGAAUCCGGGGCCGGCUCCCCGCCCCCCAACCGAUCGACCCAAGUUGACACUUCCUACCAACAAUGCCAACUCAGCGGCCAACUCGUUCAGUCAAAUGUCCUUGAAUUCACCGAGCACCCCAGGUCACGCCGGUAAUUUAUCACUGUUCCCCAACACCAGCACCCCGUCCCUGGCCCGGAGCCAAACCGGCGGAAGCGGUGUCACCAUUGUGAAAGAGGGCCCUGUGCGUUGCAAGGAAGACAAGUUUCUGGCAACAUGGAACCAGCGUCAGUUGAUCCUGCGCGAAUACAAAGUCGAAUUUUUGAAGAUCGAGUCCGGAAAAGUUGUUCUUUCAUUCCCCCUAUCGACCGUCACCGCUGUUUCUCGUUCGGAGGAUUCCAAGAUGGCCUUUGAGAUCACACGACUGGCCAACCCUAAAGAUGCGACCUCGAAGACUGCUCUGAUCACUCGCGACGUGCCCACCAAGACUAUCACUUGCGAGGUUAAGUCUGAUGAUGAAAUUUAUGAGUGGAUCGACAAAAUCUAUGAGCGCUGCCCUGGUAUGGGCGGCGUCAGCAAUCCCACUAACUUCAGUCACCGCGUUCACGUCGGCUUUGAUCCGCAGUCCGGUGCCUUUGUCGGCUUGCCCCCAGAGUGGGAGAAGCUGCUGACCGCCUCUGCCAUUACCAAGGAAGACUACAAGAAGAACCCUCAGGCGGUAAUUGAGGUCUUGGAGUUUUACUCUGAUAUCAAAAUGAGAGAACAAAAUCCACAAUACUACGGUGGAAUGAACGGCUCUUCCGGUACCCCGAACAAGAUGCCUACAAGCGCUUCGGUGGGCAGCGGCAUCGCCCCUCCCCGGCCUGCCCCACCAGGCCCCAUGCAACGCCUGGACAAUGGGCAGUCAGGCUCAAUGCGUUCCGUAUCUUCGCCGACAUCGGAUCGAACUGCCGAGCAGCAACAACAACUGGAGCGCAUGAAGGAAGCGGCGGACCAGGAACGUCGCCGCUUGGAAGAAGCCCGUCGCAAGGAGGAUCAAGAAUAUAAUGCAUCUAUUCCCAAGGGACGUACUCCAAUGGCCAAGCAGGAGCUUGGUGGGUACGGUGGUUCAGACACCCGCUACCAGCCGAGUCGCCCUGCCCCACAAGCGCCUGGCUCUGCAGCUCGCAAUCCAGCCUCCGACCCCCGUCAGCUAACCGCACAACGACCAGCUCCUGCCCCGCCCUCGCAGAGUCCUUAUGGACAGUCUCCUUCCCGCACUCCUGGUAACCAAGGGGAGAACCAGGCAUCGCCCUCGCGCUAUGCAGCAAAUGACCCUCGUGCCCAGGCCUCGUCUAGUCGAGCUCCACAGGCCCAGGGACCGCCACCGACUCGACUGCCAGCUCCUGUGCAGCAAGUGAAGCCCCUGAACGUUGCCAACAAGCAACCGGCCAGCAAGGCCGUUCCUGAUAGUGUUCGCCAGGCGGAGGCCGCUUUGACCAAGAAGUCCGAGCCGCGGCAGAAGGAGGUGCGCAUGUCGGCAAUGUCCGAGGGUGAGGUGAUGGACCGACUACGCGCCGUGGUGUCCAAAGACAACCCGAACGAAUCCUACAGCAAGCAGCGUAAGAUCGGACAAGGUGCCUCUGGAUCCGUGUACGUGGCACGGGUCAAGGAACAUGCGACAUCAGCUGUGGCUCACGAGCUGUACCGACAGUAUGGACCGCGAUGCCAGGUCGCCAUUAAGCAGAUGGAUCUGCGCAGUCAGCCCCGUAAGGAGUUGAUUGUUAACGAGAUCAUUGUCAUGAAGGAUAGUCAGCAUGCCAAUAUUGUCAACUUCCUGGAUUCGUUCUUGCAGGAGUCGAGCAACGAGCUCUGGGUUGUCAUGGAAUUUAUGGAGGGUGGUGCUUUGACCGAUGUGAUCGACAACAACCCAUUGAUCCAAGAGAAUCAGAUUGCGACUAUUUGUUCCGAGACUUGCAAGGGGCUGGCCCACCUGCAUAGCCAGAACAUCAUUCACCGUGAUAUCAAGAGUGACAACGUUCUACUUGACCGCGUCGGCCACGUGAAAAUUACUGACUUUGGCUUCUGUGCCAAGCUCACCGAAUCCAAGAGUAAGCGUGCCACCAUGGUGGGUACUCCUUAUUGGAUGGCCCCAGAGGUUGUCAAGCAGAAGGAGUAUGGUCCCAAGGUUGAUUGCUGGUCUCUGGGUAUUAUGGCCAUCGAGAUGAUCGAGUCCGAGCCUCCUUACCUGAAUGAGGAACCCCUGAAGGCGCUCUACCUCAUUGCCACCAACGGUACUCCUCGUCUGAAGAAACCCGAGAAGCUCAGCAAGGAGCUGAAGGCCUUCUUGAGUGUCUGUCUAUGCGUGGACGUCCGUAGCCGUGCUACCGCGGACGAGCUCCUCGCUCACGAGUUCCUGCAGAAUGGCUGUAGCCUUGCCAGCCUAGCAGAAUUGCUGCGUUGGAAGAAAGCCAACGGCCAGUGA